GUAGGAAGUAAUUUGACUGUUUUAUAAACUACUCUUGGAUUUCUUGAAAUUUGUUGGUCUGUAACUCUUAAAUUUUGAAAAGCCUUCAACUUUUUCACCGCCCCUAUUUCCUCUUUCAACUCUCACCCACGGCUCCACAGAUCUCACAAACCCAUUUGCAGAUCCAUCCUCCCGAUCAAUGUAAGCUGCUUCAUUAUGCAGGAAAAUCCAGCUGCAUAACAAGGAAUAAUUCGGAAAAGCAGUGAAAAUGGAUUUCUCAGAGACGUUUAAGCAGGCGGGUCCCUGUGCUUUUUCGCCAAAUGCGAGGUAUUUAGCAGUCGCCGUUGAUUAUCGUCUAGUCAUUCGCGAUGUUCACACCCUCAAGGUGGUACAAUUAUUCUCUUGUUUGGACAAAAUAACUUACAUCGAAUGGGCCCUUGAUUCCGAGUACAUACUUUGCGGCCUAUUCAAGAGGCCCAUGAUACAAGCAUGGUCAUUAGCACAACCCGAAUGGACAUGUAAGAUUGAUGAGGGGCCCGCGGGUAUUUCCUAUGCAAGGUGGAGCCCGGAUAGCCGUCACAUACUCACCACAUCCGAUUUCCAACUACGCUUAACGGUUUGGUCCUUGUUGAACACAGCAUGCAUUCAUGUGCAGUGGCCAAAGCAUGGUUCUAAGGGAGUUUCAUUUACAAAAGAUGGGAAAUUUGCUGCAAUAUGCACGAGACGUGAUUGCAAGGACUAUGUUAAUCUACUAUCUUGUUGUACGUGGGAAAUUAUGGGUGUUUUUGCCGUUGACACUUUGGAUUUGGCUGAUAUUCAAUGGUCACCAGAUGACAGUGCCAUAGUCAUAUGGGAUUCCCCUCUUGAAUAUAAGGUUCUAAUAUAUUCUCCAGAUGGUCGGUGUUUAUCCAAGUAUCAAGCAUAUGAAAGUGGAUUAGGAGUGAAAAAUGUUUCUUGGUCACCAUGUAGUCAAUUUUUAGCUGUGGGGAGCUACGACCAAAUGAUACGGGUUUUAAAUCACUUGACUUGGAAAGUAUUUGCAGAAUUUACGCAUCUAACUGUCAUUCGUGGCCCUUGUGCAGCUGCAGUAUUCAAGGAAGUAGACGAGCCAUUGCAACUGGACAUGUCGGAAUUGUCACUGACUGAUGAAUUUGUUCAAAGAAAUACUGAUAAUACCUCCGAGACAUACAAUCAAGUUCGAUACGAAGUUAUGGAAGUUCCAGUCACUCUUCCUUCACUGAAGCCUCCAGCUGAUAAACCAAACCCAAAGCAAGGGAUCGGCCUCAUGGCAUGGAGUAGCGACAGCCAAUAUAUAUGCACGCGCAAUGACAGCAUGCCAAGUGUCCUCUGGAUAUGGAACGUGCAGCAGCUUGAGCUGGCGGCUAUCCUGAUACAAAAGGAUCCUAUUCGAGCCGCGGCUUGGGACCCCACAAGCCCUCGACUUUUCCUAUGCACCGGGAGCACGAAUCUGUACAUGUGGACCCCACUGCAAACGUGCUGCAUCAAUGUCCCUUUUCCUCAAUUUUCCGUGCUCGAUCUGAAGUGGAAUCUAGACGGGAGAUACCUUCUUCUCAAGGACAAGGAAUCGUUUUGUUGCGCGGCUGUCCCACUUUUGGAGGAGUCGAGUGAUUACAGCUUGGACGAUUGAUGUUUAGCUCGUGUUUUGCUUGAUCUUGACCUGCGUGGAGUUUUUGAUUAGUUUUUUGAUUAACCUUUGCCGUGAAGUUAAUUUAGGCUCUCAACUUCUAAUAUAGUAAUAUUCUACUAAAUGCGUAUGUUCUUGUGACAUGUAAGUUUAUUUUUCGUGUUAGGCUAUGGUUUGAUGGUGAAGGCAUUUUAACCCCAUUUGUAGAUCAAAAUCAGUCCAUUUGCCAUUGGAAUGUACUUGGGGCUGCUUUUCUUGGGAGAUUUUUGAUCGUUUUGUCCAUAUUAUUAUGACUAAUUGUUGUGUGAGGCAGUCUAGUUGUUAGGUGACUCAACAGCUCAUACUUUCACAAAAAUGUAGACUUAUG